CCCGAUUGUCGACUGCGGCGCCGCCGCCAUUUUGUGGCCGCUCCGUGAGGGCGAAGGAGACGGAGGAGGGGGAUGGGCUGGAGAGGGAGAGAUACUAUAGUAAAAGCAAAACACCACGUAAAAUCCAAUAUUACCAGCGGGAAGGCCGACGCUGGUUCACUGGAGGUCUUUCCCCUUCGCUGACCCCGCUUCCCGUAUUACAACAACAACCGCCGCCGCCGUGCAUUAAAAUAGCCACAUUUCGAGCUUUUUUUCCCCCCAACCCCCCCCCCCCCCACCGCCCAAACAAGGAUAAACGAGGGACGAGAGAGAGGGAGGGGCGGACACCCAACUGGUUGACACCUAAACAUUACUGAGUGCACGAGUGUGUGCCCAUUCCGGAAACUGAAGAUGGAUUAUGACAAACGAGCGAGCCGGGGAGAACGAAUGGGGCGCUACGGAAGUGAUCGCAAGAAAGAGGAGGUGCUGGACACGCGAGACCAUGACUACAGGGACAUGGAUUAUAGGUCGUACGACCGGGAGUACGAAUGUGAUGGAGGAAAGGAGUACGGGCAGCAGGACUACAGGAACUAUGAUCAGUCCGAGGAAUACAGAGAGGACAGUGACAGUUACAAAAGCUAUGAGAACACAGAAGAGGCCUUCAGCUUCCCGGGCGAUGGGGACUACAGGGACCAGGACUACAGGAGCGAGUCCGGCGAUGAGAAAGCCAGCAAGAUCAUAAUGCUCCGGAUGCUGCCUCAGUCAGCCACCGAGAAUGAUAUCCGACUCCAGCUGCAGUACGCUGGCUACCAGCCUCGGGAGGUGCGCCUAAUGAGGAACAAAUCUUCAGGUCAGAGCCGUGGUUUCGCCUUCGUGGAGUUUAAUCACUUGCAGGACGCUACCAGAUGGAUGGAAGCCAAUCAGCACUCCCUCGUUAUUCAUGGUCAGCAGGUCUCCAUGUACUACAGUGACCCCAAACCCAAGGCCAACGAGGAUUGGCUCUGCAACAAGUGUGGUGUACAGAAUUUUAAACGAAGAGAAAAAUGCUUCAAGUGUGGUGUCCCCAAGUCAGAAGGGGAGGUGCGUCUGGUGCCUGGCCGGAAGGACCUACAGCUGCCCCUCCCAGACGGGCCACAGCCACUGCUCAAGUUCCCGCAACCAUUCCAACCGCCUCAGUUCCACCAGCAGCACCCAGUACACAACCAGCACUUCAACGAGAAUGCCAAUGACACUGUUAUUUUGCGGAACUUGAACCCACAUACUACACUAGAUGUAAUCCUUAACGCGUUGACCCCGUAUGCAGUUUUGUCGCCCUCCAAUGUGCGGCUUAUCAAAGAUAAGCAGACACAACUGAAUAGAGGUUUUGCCUUUAUACAGCUCUCAACCAUAGUGGAAGCCUCUCAACUGCUUCAGAUCCUGCAGUCACUGCAGCCUCCUCUCAACAUCGAUGGCAAGACCAUUAACGUCGAGUUCGCAAAAGGCACCAAGAGGGACGUGGUGCUGACUGAUGGGAGUCGGGCGAGUGCUGCGUCUGUGGCCAGCACAGCGAUUGCUGCUGCACAGUGGGCAGUCAACCAGAGUUCAGAUUCCGAUAACCAGAGCGCGUGGCUAAAUCAGGAUGGGCAACGAGGAGAUUACCCGUACUACCAUCAUCACGAUGACGGCUACCAGCAACAGUACACCCAGGGCUGCAACCAGUAUUCUCAGGAUUACCAGCGGAGCUCCGAACAGCAGCAGAAGAGCACUGGGCGCUCGAUGCCGCCCACUACGUACGAGGCACCACCCACGACAGCAACAGAAGCGUCAUCUGAGCCGGGUAUUCCUGGUGUCGAUCCCAUUCCAAGUCCACAGUCGUUCCCGCAAUCGAUUCAAACCCAAGCAGCUCCACAGCUGUACCAGAAGUCAUCCAGCACACCUUCAGACAGCACCCGCACCACACAGCCCCCGCAGAUCUCACGACCCCCGGCGACCCAGAAGGUGGAGAUCGUGGCCGAGCCCCAGCUCAACACUGGCCAGGCUCCAGCAGCCAGCACCAGUACACAGCUGUCUGCGAGCUCCAGCACCGGUACGCAGGACUACACCCAGUACCCCGUCCCAGACGUCUCCACCUAUCAGUAUGAUGAGAUGUCGGGCUAUUACUACGACCCUCAGACAGGCCUGUACUACGAUCCCAACUCUCAGUACUACUAUAAUGCACAGACGCAGCAGUACCUGUACUGGGACAGCGAUAAGCAGACCUACCUGCCAGCCCCUGACCAGAGCGGAGACGCUGCCAAGGACCUGACCUCCAAGGAGGGCAAGGAGAAGAAAGAGAAAGCCAAGAACAAGACCGCCCAGCAGAUUGCCAAAGACAUGGAACGCUGGGCCAAGAGUAUGAACAAACAGAAGGAGAACUUCAAGAACAGUUUCCAGCCGCUCAGCUACUUACGGGACGAUGAUCGGCGAGAGUCUGCCUCAGCUGAUGCUGGCUACGCCAUGCUGGAGAAGAAGAGCACCCUCGCAGAGAGGCAGCAUGUCAUGAUGGAGCACCUGAAACGCACCACUGACAAGGUGAAAGAUGAGGAUAAUCGAUUGAAGGCGAGCCCACUGCGAGGCCUGGUGGCGGCCUACAGCGGAGAGAGCGACAGCGAGGAGGACCAGGAGGAGGAUCAGGAAGAGAAGCUGACCGACUGGCAGAAGCUGGCCUGCCUGCUAUGCAGGAGACAGUUCCCCAGCAAGGAGGCCCUCAUCCGACACCAGCAGCUCUCAGAACUGCACAAGCAAAACCUGGAAAUCCACAGACGGUCGAAGCUUUCAGAGUCUGAACUGGAAGCUCUGGAGAAGAGUGAGAGAGAGUUCAAGUUCAGAGUAACGGAGAGGCGGGGAAAACUGGGAAUGUCGGAUACCGUCGAACCCAAGCGGAAAAGGACACAAGCCGCGUACGACAAUACGAGUCACGGCAUCGGGAACCGAAUGAUGCAGGCGAUGGGCUGGAAAGAGGGCACGAGACUGGGGCGUAAAGAGCCAGGAAUUGGCCCCCCCUCCAAGUAGACCAGAGAUUUUUGAUUGGAAUAUCAUCACUGUGUCGUGACUUGAUGGCCGGAGCUGAAGGUUGCGAAUCAACGAGCAGGGAUCCUGCAGUGUUCGAGAAGACGGGCUGAUCCAAAAUUAUUAUUAUUAUUUUUUUUGGGUUUUAUUUCCCCCCUCCCAACCCCGAGGAGCUACAAAAGGAAACUGUAAAUAUUUUUCUGAGCGUCCAUGUGUACCAUUUUUUACUAAUUAAAGAAUAAAAACAAA